AUGAGAGGAUUAGAUCAUGAGCCUGAUUUUAUUGCAGCAGCUGUUAGGACAAUUCUAGAGUUUUCAAAUAUCAUACCAUCUGAAUUAGUGGAUUCGAGAGGAUACAUAGAUAUAGUGGGUACCGGAGGGGACGGCCAGAAUACGUUCAAUGUGUCGACAUCUUCGGCUAUUGUGGCCGCAGGUAUGGGAUUACCCGUGUGUAAGCAUGGAGGGAAAGCGUCGACAUCAACAUCUGGUUCUGGUGACUUGUUGAAUUGCUUGGGUGUUGAAUUAAUGAAGGUUACCAGCGAAACGGUUCCCGAUAUUGUGAAGAAGACGAACUUUUGCUUCUUGUUUGCACCGGCAUUUCAUCCAGGAAUGCAGCAAGUAGCCGCAAUAAGAGGUCAAUUAGGUGUUCCAACGAUUUUCAAUAUUUUAGGACCAUUAAUUAAUCCAAUUCCGAUCAGAGCAAGAAUUUUAGGUGUUUACAGUGAAAAAUUAGGUGAAUCCUAUGCACAAGCCGCCGCAAAAUUAGCAUCUGAAAGCGAUGUACACAACAGAACGAUGGUUGUAUUUGGUGAUAUCGGUCUUGAUGAGAUUUCGCCAAUUGGUGUUACCAAGUGUUGGUUGAUCGACGAACAUGGCAAGAUUACCAGAAAGAUCAUUUCACCAAAGGAUUUCAACUUGCCCGAAAAUGAAAUCACCAAAGUCAAAUCUGGAACCUCCAAAGAAAAUGCUGAGAUAUUGUUGCAUAUAUUACGUCAAGACCACCCUGAUUUCAAAAUUAACUCGAAUGACGUUCCAAAUCACCCAAUUGUUGACUACAUUUUAUUGAACAGUGCAGCAUUAGCAGUAGUAGCCGGUCUCACUGACUCGUGGGUUGAAGGUGUUGACAUUGCAAAGAAAUCCAUUCUCAGUGGUGCUGCCAUGAGCUCCUUGGACAACUUUAAAGAAGCUAUAAAAGAUAUGUGA